AUGGCGUCUCCGUGCUCUGGUUUGGCUGCGGAAAAGGAACUCCAGUCUUAUUACGAUUUCCAUAGGAAUGAUGUUGCCGAAGUGGAACGCGCCAUGCGAAUAACAAAUGCUUUCAAAAGUGGCGAGAUUACCGAUGAAGUUCUUGAUGCCUGUCCUGAACUAAAAACUGUUUUUAAGCAGUUUGAAAAACUAAAGUACAGAAAAAUUAUCCUUGAGAGGAGUCUGAAAAAGCAAUUAGCUGAGCUUGCAAAACGUGAGGGCAGCAAUAACGAGAAGAUGACUAAGGCAGAUUUUGGGCAACUGGAGAUGAGAAAUAAUGAAAAAAUCACAAACAGCAGUGACACUUCCAAACAAAACAAGUGCAAUUAUGUGACUGUGAUUAACUACGGCUCUAGUAUGCUGAGCAGACUUACCCACAUUUUCAAAAAGGCCAUAGAGGAGGCCUUCCCUACAGUUGACGGGGUUAAUGUGGCAUUGACAGAAGCAACGAAUGUCAAGUUUGGUGAUUACCAGUGCAACUCUGCUAUGGCUCUAUGCGCGAAGCUGAAAGGAUUGGGCACAACAUUGAAACCGUACGAAGUCGCUACUCAAAUCGCCAGCAAUGUUCCCGCUUGCGAUUUAAUAGAAAAGAUCGACGUCGUGCCUGCUGGCUUCAUCAACGUUUUCUUGAACAAGUUUUUUAUCGAGAAUCAAAUUGGAACUAUUGCGUCUAAGGGUGCUCAGCUUCCUCAGGUGGAAUCCAAAAGAGUGAUAGUGGAUUUCUCAUCACCAAAUAUCGCCAAGGAAAUGCAUGUAGGGCACCUUCGCUCAACAAUCAUUGGUGACUCCAUUUGUCGGCUUCUAGAGACGGUCGGAUUCGAUGUUAUGCGCAUCAAUCACAUUGGAGACUGGGGAACACAGUUUGGCAUGCUAAUUGCUCAUCUUUACGACAAAUAUCCUGACUUCAUAAACCAGCCUCCACCUAUUAGUGAUCUGCAGGCAUUCUACAAGGAGUCUAAAAAACGUUUUGAUGAAGAUAGCGAGUUCAAAAAACGAGCUUAUGAUUGUGUGGUGAAGUUGCAGAGCUACGAUAAAGAGAUUCUGGAAGCGUGGGCUAUGAUCUGCAAUAUAUCGAAAAGAUAUAAUCAGAUUGUCUACGACCGACUCGAUAUUGUCCUUGAAGAUGUUGGGGAAUCAUUCUAUCAGAAAAUGAUGUCGUCUUUAGUUGAAGAUCUGAAGAAAACGUUUUCAGGAGACUCGAGCACAUUCCGCGAAGAAGAUGGUCGCUUGCUGUACUUCCCAGCAAACUGUGACGUACCCCUCACAAUUGUGAAGAGUGAUGGAGGAUACACUUACGACACAUCUGACUUGGCUGCUCUCCGAUAUCGUUUGCAGGAGAAAAAUGCUGACUGGGUGAUCUAUGUAGUGGAUGCAGGCCAAAGUCUGCACCUUGAGACUGUGUUCGCUGCUGCACGCGAAUUAGGCUGGUAUGAUGGAACAGUAAAGCGAGUAGAACAUGUAGCAUUUGGACUUGUCCUUGGAGAAGAUAGAAAGAAAUUCAAGACAAGAUCGGGCGAGAGUGUUCGCCUUCUUGACCUUCUCGACGAAGGAAUAAAACGUGCAACAGCUAAACUGGAUGAGAAGAGAAGAGCCGAGGUAAUGAACGAAGAAGAGCUUGCAGCCGCACGUGACGCCGUUGCCUACGGCUGCAUCAAAUACGCAGACUUAUCACAUACUCGCACACAGGAUUAUGUCUUUUCCUUCGACAGAAUGCUCGACGACAAAGGGAAUACGGCUGUCUAUCUCUUAUACGCCUAUGCGAGGAUUAGAUCAAUCGUGCGGACGUCUGGAAUUGAUGCUGCGUCUAUCGCGGAGUACAUCUCACGAACGCCUUCGAUUCCGAUCACGUACCCUGCAGAACUGAAUCUAUCUAAGCAAAUUUUGAAAUUGGCUGACUGUAUACUACAAGUGUUGGACUCACUCAUGCUUCAUCAGCUUUGCGACUACUUAUACCAACUUGCCACAACAUUCCAUGAUUUCUACAGCGCAUGCUACGUCAUUGAAAAAAAGAACGGUGAAACAGUGGUUCAUUUCAACCGUCUGGUGCUUUGUGAGGUAACUGCGAACGUGAUGAGCACUUGCUUCAAGAUAUUGGGGAUUCGUGAAGUGCCCAAGAUGUAG